AUGCACUGCUUGCACAUUGCACAUUAUGUAUAGCAAUUCUGCGCCUUUCAGUCUGAAAUGGACACGAUAUUCCUAUACUCCGAUAUUAGUCCAUGUCAGAUUUAAGUGGUGAAUAAUUGUAUUUGUAAAACGUUACCGGAUGUUUUAAUGUAAAAUGACGUCAAUGGAUUCCGGGGUAGAAAUGGGCAAUGAUUCAAACGACAGUUCAAUCACGCAGCAUGAAAAUCUGUCGGUGAGCCAGAUCGGUACUGUCAACUCUACUGUGGCCACAACAACAACAACAACAAUAACAACUUCGUUGACAACAACAUCCAAUUGCGAGAGCGGACCGAAUACUUUCUUCAUUCAAGCAAGGUCUUUCAGCAUGCAAUCGCCGAUCUCAUCUUUCUCCGCGAUGCAAAGUUCUACGGAUACUGAAAAUAAUAGAAUUUCGGUGCCGAUAAGCGCGCCAUUACAACACAGUUACGGAUCUUUUCAUGAGCAUUUGAAGCUGCAGAGUCUUCCAUGUGCAUAUUCGAGGUCCACAAACGUUAUAAGAUAUAAACCUCAUUAUUCUGGAAAAAUUAAAUCAUUCGUUUCAUCACGAGAUCGUCCUGUUUGUUGGCCAUACUACGAUAGAUUUAAUAGAACUUUAGGUAUUAAAAUGCGAUUGGCAGCAUGCACAAAUAAUACAGAGAUAAUGGAAAAAUUAUUGGACAAUGGAAUAUCUCCUAAUAUUUUAGAUGAUAAAGGACAGACACCUUUGCACAUUGCUUGUAGCCAGGGUUACCCAGAAAUGGUGCAGUUAUUACUGCAACACGGUGCAAAUCCUAAUCAUCGUGACAGAGCAGGUAACACUCCAUUACACUUGGCGUCGCUGACUUGUUGUAUAUCCGUUGUGUCACUUCUCUUGAAAGCGGGAGCGAAGAUUGUGACUCGAGAUGGUGAUGGUUAUAACGCGCUGCAAUUGGCGCAAGAGAAGUUAAAAUUAUUUCCGAAUUUUUAUUCUGAUUCUAAGGUAGAUGAUAUACAAACGGUAAAAAAACAGGUUCAUGAUAUAAUUAAUUUGUUAUUAACUUAUCUACAACAGCAAAAAAACUCUCAAGAAGCGGUAGAAGCGUUGAGCACAUUUUAUUCGCGUUUAUCGUUAUCAAAUGCAUCCAACCAAAUUUAAGAUGGUAUGAAAGACUUGUUGGCUAAUUUGAACUCUUUUUAUAUUAUGAAUUAAAUGUUUACAAUCAUCGCAUUGCCAGUUUCAUUGACAAACUCAACAGAACGUGAAAUUAAAUAAGAGAUUAAUACUUUACACUAUCUGUUACGCAAGUAACGAGUUUUAUUUAUAUAUUUAACACAAUUCCGGGAAAAGUUUGUUUUAAAUUCUUACGUUGAGCAGCAUUUAAUAUUUUCACUUAAGAAAACGUAAGAAUUAUAACUGAAUCACAUCAGCAAGACUGAAAAUACUGUUGAAAAUCUGUUAGUUAAUCUUUAAUAACAUUUUCGCAAGUUGUAUUUUCUUGGUUCCUUAAUUAAUCUUUUUUUAACAAAUGUUCCGAUCGUUAAUCGAAAAUAUAUAUCUAACACAGAUUAAUAUCGCUAUCGGUCAUAAAAGAAACUAAAUUUUAGGAUGAUCAUAAAAUACAUUUACAACAAAAUUAAAAGUUAACUCAUUCACUUAUGAGUUAUGUAAGUUCUCAUUAAAUGUUUGCAACUCAUAGGAUUUUGCAUAAAUCAUUCUUGUUUCGAUAAUGUUUUUAAUAGUUUAAGACAAAAUUUAUUUCAAAUACCGACAAAAGCUGCAAAUAAAGUAUUACUCGGCCGAAAGGUUUAGUGUAUGUAGAUAUUUAUAAGAGAGAAUUGCUAUACAUUUAUUUUCAUAUUCAUACUCUAAUGCACGCACUUUUUUAAGUUUCUGUUAUUUGAUACUCAGUAAGUAACUUUUGCAAAAAAGCAGUUUAUCUAUGUUUUAAAGCAGUAUCAUUACUGAAUCAGCUUAUACUUUUUAUUCUACUUGCAGCUGCAAUGCUAAUGUAUAAAAAUGAGAUAAACUAUAAGCAUUAUACAUUUAUCUGUCUGAUGGUUCUACUCGAGAGUGUGAAAUUAAAGCUGUCAAUAUUUAGCAGAAGUAACCGAAUAUUUAUGUAACGAUUGCACUGACAUUAAAUUUGAAAAAUGCAGUUCGUCACUGUGAAAAAGGAAUGUUUGGCAGAGGAAACUUUUCCAGCAUUUGGAAUAAUACAAUUGUUUUAGCAUCCUAUAUGAGGGAACGAAUGUUAGACACAUUACAAUACUUUUGCAAAAUGAACAUACAAUAUUUAAUUAAGAUAAACUGUACCAGCUAGUACUCUCCGUUUGGGAACGGAGUCAUGUAAAUAACUUCUGUAAUUACUUCAUACUUUCUGUACAUAAGUAAUUAUUUUGCUAGCGGUACUUGUAGAACUUUACAAAGUAUCUCAUUUUGAUAGGGACAUACAUAUAUGUUAUGUAUAUAUUAUAUGUACAGCGCAUAUAUAUCUUCCCCGGAAGCUAUUAAACAAAUGUAUUAAAAGAAAUUAUUGAUUUUGUACACUAUAUGAUAUUUUACAAAUGUUCUUUAAUGUCUUGUUACUGUGUCUUUGUUAUUACUGAGUACCACAGAGGACGCAUUAUCAUUAAACUGCGGAUGUUUAUGCACUUAUAACAUAUUUUACCGAAACUCGGUGCAGCAAAGUGUUUAUUGAUCCAUUAAUAUCCGUAAUCCAAUCAACAUAGAAGAAUAGAAACUUGGGUUAUUACUCUAACUAGUAUUUAAAGUGAGAAUUAUACUACUUUUCUUGUACUACGUAUUAAUAAUAAAUAAAUUAUAAAUUGAUACAUCCAAA